AUGAAAUCUUAUAUACUUGUGGUGGCGUUUUGCACCCUCGGUGUACUCGCCCAGGAUAGUUUCGAAAGCCAAAGUGUCCGUUUCAUUUUAAAAAUCUACGACGAAUGUGCUAAUUCAGAAGGCUUCUCACCAUGUUUGAAGAAAAAAGCCGUCACCUUUCUAGAUAGGGUUGCCAGAAUGGACAAACUACCCUUAAUGGAUGGUGUUAGUUUGGUGAAAAGCAAAGAUGCUAUUCAAGAGCCUCAAAUAGCUGAAAACGAAAUUGAAGAAAAUUUACCGAGAUCAUUGGAAGGUCAAGAUGAAGCCCUCAAUAAUUUAUUAUCUGACAGGGUUACAAAUCUUCUAGGGUCAAGGACAAUUGAAAUUUCAAUGCCAAAUAUUUCAGAAAUGAUUGAAGAAGGUCGUAAAGGAGGCGGCGGCGGUGGUGGUGGCGGUGGCAAAGGAGGCGGCGGAAAAAUGAAAGACAUGAUGGGCGGCAUGAUGAUGGCUAUAGCCGCCAAAAUGGCAGCCCUCAUCCCCAUAGCCAUCGCCGGUCUUUUCCUUCUUGCAGGGAAAGCUUUGAUUACAGCCAAGAUAGCGUUGCUCAUUUCAGGAAUAAUUGCACUGAAAAAAUUGUUUGCUGCUAAACAACAUGGAGGUAGCCACCACGGAGGUGGAUGGUCCAGUGGUGGAGGUGGAGGGGGAGGAGGGUGGCAGUCCUCUGGUGGUGGCUGGGAUAAGAGGUCCAUCGAAGCAGCUCAACAGUUAGCCUACAAGCCGUAUAAACAAGCAUAA